CACUCAAUGUCAAACUGAUUCCGGAACAAUUCCGGAAAGCUUCGGGACUCAAACCGAAGUGUCAUUGGCAUUGACCACGUGGUUGCGGUGUUUUGAUUUACUUCCCUUGAAUUUUCCUCUGAUUUUUUCUGAUUUUCUCAGCUAAUUGGGAAGGGAAAUUGUGUGAAAUGGAGGAAGAAGAUCAAGAGAGUAAUGUGAAUUUUAUAUCCUGUGUCUGCUUCGUGCGACAAGGCGUGGCAAAGGAGAAUCCCGCCAAGGCGACCCUGACUCAGGAGGAACUUGCGGAAGUGAUAAACGAGAUGAAAUCCGGGACUAGGGAUGAUGAGGAUGAUGACAGUGACGAGGAGGGAGAGAGAAUGGAAGUGGACACCGGAACAGGAAGAGGAGAUGAGUACAAUUUCGACGAUUACGAUGAGGAAGGAGGUCCAGUGGGUUUUGGAAUUGAUGGGGUUGUUGUAGCAGCUCCUGAGGAAAAUCUCGAUGAUGAGGAAAAUGACUCAGAAGCCGAAGAUGACAAGAUAAAGCAAGGAGACAAUUUGAUUCUCGUCGGCCACGUGGAUGAUGUCUGUGUCAACAUGGAAGUGUACAUCUGGAAUAAGGCAGAAGGGAGUCUCUAUGUCCAUCAUGAUUUCCUCCUCCCAAGCUUUCCCCUCUGCCUGGAAUGGCUCAAUCACGAUCCCUCAGCCAAUGAACCUGGAAAUCUCUGUGCGAUCGGAACAAUGGAGCCCAUUAUAACAGUUUGGGAUCUGGACAUUAGGGAUUCUCUGGAACCUAUUUAUAAGCUAGGUAGCAAGGGGAAUCGCAAGAAAAAGGAGCCCAAAUACGGUCAUAGAGAUGCUGUACUAGAUCUUGCCUGGAAUCAGGCUUUUCCCCAUGUUCUGGCCAGUGCAUCUGUCGAUCAAACCUGCAUCCUGUGGGAUCUGGACACUGGACAGCCAAACACGACCAUCGAGGUGUUUGAGGAGAAGGUGCAGUCUGUAAAAUUCCAUCCAACUGAAGCUCAUCACGUCCUCACGGGAUGCUGUGAUGGAUUUAUUAGGCUCUUCGAUUGCAGAGAUCCCUCCAGUCUCACUGAAUCCUUCAAGCGCUGGAAGUUAUCGGGAGAAAUCGAGAAGACCGUGUGGAAUGUUCAGGAUCCAACAUACUUUGCAGCUUCAACAAAUCUCGGAGAGAUUGCCUACUUUGAUUUGCGACAAAACACCCCAAUCUGGAAGAAAUCUGCUCAUUCGGAAGAAGUUUCUGGCCUCAUGCUGUCCCCGUCGAUUCCUGGCAUGAUGCUCACCACAUCCUCAGAUGGAAGUAUGAAAAUCUGGGACUACAAUCUCUCAGAUGCCAAAUUAAUUCACGAGGAAGAGAUGAAUAUUGGAAGGAUACACUCAAUGAGCUUCUCACCGGAAGAUUCUAAUAUUGUAGCCAUCGGGGGAGACAACAAAAAGCGCCAAUUCAGAGUUAUAGACGUUAUGGAGAGGGAUCAUGUCAGGAGAACGUUUGAAAAUCGAGCUUGAAAAGUUGGCGCCCAGGAAGUUUCGGAGCAAUACCGAAAACAAACAAAAAAAAAAUCACAAAAUGAAUUAUUUUGUGAUAUUUUUUAUCAGAAAUUGAGUAUUUCUCAUUAAAUAUACUUACUUCCAGACAAA